CCCUCCUCUCUCUCUCUCUCUCUCGCUCUCGCUCUCUUUCUGUCGCCAUAGCGAAGGAUUAGGAGAAGAGAGAGGGAGUCAUGGCGGACAAGGAGAACAUCGUCCCCCGCCUCACCCGCGCGUUGGCCAAGAGGGCGGCGGCCUCCGGCUCCACCGCCAAGUCCCAACCCAAGGACCAGCCCCCGGCUAAGAGGAAGCGUGUGGCCCUGAGCGAGCUCCCGACCCUAUCCAACGCCAUCAUCCGCCCCUCCCCCGAUCUCCGUGCCACCCCAUCCAAGCCCAGGCAGGAAGAUGCCAAGGUCUCGAAGAUACCACCGGUGGAUGUCCCCGCCGCCGCCACCGACAUUGAUUCCGAUGUGGAGGAUCCGCAAAUGUGCGGGCACUACGCGAAGGAUAUAUACCAGUACCUUCGAUCCAUGGAGGUGGAGCAGAAGAGAAGGCCGCUGGUGAAUUAUAUUGAGACGAUCCAGACCGAUGUGACGGCGAAUAUGAGAGGGGUUUUGGUGGAUUGGCUUGUCGAGGUUGCGGAGGAGUACAAACUUGUCUCGGAUACCCUUUAUCUCACUGUUUCGUAUAUCGAUAGAUUUCUUUCGUUCAAUGCCCUCAGUAGGCAGAAGUUGCAGCUUCUCGGGGUGUCUUCGAUGCUCAUUGCCUCGAAAUAUGAAGAAAUUAGCCCUCCUCAUGUGGAAGACUUCUGUUAUAUUACUGAUAACACUUACACAAAGCAAGAGGUGGUGAAGAUGGAGAGUGACAUACUAAAAUUUCUCAAGUUUGAGGUGGGAAAUCCUACUACUAAAACUUUUCUCAGGCGAUUCACAAAGGCUGGACAAGAGGAAGGCAAAUAUCCUGCUCUGCUACUGGAGUUCUUAGGCAGUUACCUGGCAGAGUUGAGCUUACUAGACUAUGGCUGUGUCCGGUUCUUGCCAUCAGUAGUUGCUGCUUCAGCUGUUUUUCUUGCAAGAUUGACCAUUAAUCCAGCAUCACACCCUUGGAAUGAAACACUUCAAAACAACACUGGUUAUCGGCCGUCUGAGCUAAAGGAGUGCGUCCAUGCUAUACAUGCUUUACAAUUGAACAAGAAGGGUUCUGCUUUGGUAGCUAUCAAAGAUAAGUACAAGCAGCACAGGUUCAAGUGUGUAUCUGCAUUGCUUCCUCCUUCAAAGAUUCCUACAUCAUAUUUCGAAGACCUCAAAGAAUAGAUCUCAGAGUAUAAUGAUGAAUUACCACAAGAAUUGAUGCUCCAAGAUCAAAUACCUGGGGCUGGGGAAAAGGAUGAUCCACAGGAGAUAGUUGAGGAAACAGAUGAGACAUACAGAUGAGUCAGAAGCCAUCAAAACUUACUGGGCAAUUCUCAUUCUAACUUAGAAGUAAUCAAGCAUUAGCAUUGAUAGCACUUGAUUAGAAAGGAAAAGACCACCUUGUGUUGUGUAACAUAAGUCUCAUAAUCAGGUCUUUGACGCAUCAUUUUUGUACGGUUUAGAAUCUUUCACUCUAUUUUUCCAUAUGAAACUGUACCCAGCUAACAUCCUUUCUUAUUGAAGUAUAACAAUAAGUUAAUCCAUUUCAUUGUCAAUAUAGA